AUGCAGAAAAGACAUGGGCAUCAACUCAGGAGCAACAUUCUGAAAGUCCAGAAACAGUUAUAUUGCUCUGAUGACGGAGAAGCACAAGAGGAAGUCCCUGAGCCGAGUUAUAGCCCAGUUUUUGAUGAUAGAAAAAAGGAUAAAAAGUCCUUUUCUACAGCUGAAAUUUCAAUGCCAUCCAAACCCACAAUGUUUUCCACAUUCUCAUUUGAGAAAACAGGAAGACUGCCCUUUGACAGGAACUCAUCUGACUGGUCCAACCCGCUGGAUCAGACAGAAGAAUGGAUGGGGGCUGAGCAUCCCAUUGUUCAGGACGGUGGCUUCGGCCGUAGAGCCUCUCCACCUGCCCUUCCCUCAGGUUAUUUUGAGUGUUCCAACUUCAUUUCUACUUCCCCUGCUCUCAGACCACAGGACAUGGCACACUACCCUCCCUCCUACAUGCUUGAACGGGACCCUAUUCAAUCUACUGGUCCCACUUUCCCAAGCCCUGAGUACUGGUCUUUUCCUCCUAUGAGACUUUACUGA